AUGUCGCACAACCCAUCCUCAACCACUUCUCGCCCACUAAAACGACCCGCUCACCCAAGCUACACUCCUGGUGACCCUAAAGCCGCACCGACCCGCCAGAACCCUGGCGAUUCUGCUUCGGAGGAAGAACUUCCACCUCCACCUCGUCCGAACAACAACAUCAACAACAAUAGUGAGAAUAACAGCAGCAGGAAUGCCAACAACAACACUCACAUCAGCAAGUGGAACAAAAAUGUAACCCAACCACAGCAAAAGAUUGUCACCGUACAACAACCCAGUGCCAUUGUCAAAACUGUGGCUCAGCACGUUCCUCUUGCGGGCUGCGUAAGUGCAACAGGCGACAUCGUUCAGCGGUCAGAAUACUCGUAUACAACUGACUUAACGCGUGAUGGAGUUCAGCACGUGGAAAGGUGGGGAUAUCAGGUCGAGGGCGAGAGUGGAGUGAGUAAAGCGGUGCAGAAGUGGUUUCAACCAAAUGAGAGGGUUGGGACUGGACUUGCGCAGCAACGGUCGCAGGCUCAGCGUCAGAGUGAAGGCGCGGGACGAGGAAGGGGACAAGCACAAGCACAAGCACAAGCACAAGCACAAGGCCAGACACAAGAUCAGGGACGCGGUCAGGCACAAAGUCAAGGACAGGAAGAGGGACAGACAAAAGGCCACACACAAGCACAAGGACAAGGACAAGGGCGAGGGCGGGGACAGGCGCCAGAACCAAUGCAGUGGAAGAAGACUUAG